AUGUCUGUUCCAAAAGCACCAAAAAGAUCAGAUUCUUUAACUACUUGGUUCUUUACCUAUGCAAAGCUAAGGUUCUUCAGUCGCAUGCGGCGGUUCCUCCACCUCAAGGCCGCCAAGAAGCAAUACAAACCGCCGGAGAAAGUCGAGAAAUCCGUAGAUACAGAUAUACAUACAGAGGCAAAUAUGAGGGAAGAGAGUGAUUGGGUGGUGAUUUUGCAAAGGUCUGUGAAGAGGCUACACUUUGGAAGCUGGGAAGAGAAGGAGUUAGCGGCGGAAGAUAUAAGAAAACUUGCUAAAGAGGACUUGAAGCGGAGGAAAACCAUGGCGGAACUCGGUGUUAUACCGCCGUUGGUGGCCAUGGUUGGUUCACAAGUGGUGGCGCGUCAAAGAUUAGCUGUUCAAACGUUAAUUGAGCUUGCUAAUGGCUCUUUCACGAACAAAGCUCUCAUGGUGGAGGCAGGAAUCUUAUCAAAAUUACCUGAAAAUGAGGAUGUCUUAGGUGAACCAGCAAUGCAAGAAUUUUCCCAGCUCCUCUUGUCUAUAUCUGCAGCCUUAGCCAACAGCCAAUUUUCUCUGCCCUCAUCAAGAAUUAUCCCCUUUAUAAUUCACAUUCUGGAGUCAAGUUCAAGUACUAUUCAGACAAAAGAUACAUGUUUGACAACAUUGUACAAUCUUUCCUCAGUCCUAGACAAUGCUACAACUUUGGCUACAAGUGGGAUGGUCAAUAUUCUCUUGAUGCUGUCUACACUUAAAGAAGCAUCAGAAAAAGCCCUUGCAAUCUUGGGAAACUUGUCAAUAACCUUAACGGGAGAGAAGGCGCUAGAAAAUGAUCCAAUGGUGCCCGAAAGAUUAAUCGAGAUUAUGACAUGGGAAGAGAGGCCAAAAUGCCAAGAAUUAUCUGCUUAUGUAUUGAUGAUUUUAGCUCAUAGAAGCUCACUCCAAAGGCAGAAAAUGACCAAGGCUGGAAUUGUGCCUGUCCUCCUUGAAGUGGCCUUGUUGGGUACUCCCUUCCGAGUCUUUUCUCGAAAUUUUUAUUUGCAAUGGUUUAAAAAUGAAAGGCAAAUGAAAAUGGGGCCUCAUUCUGGGCCGCAGGAUGGGAGAAUAUCCCAUGGAUCCCCUAUAAAUCCAAAGGAGAUCGAUGAAGGGAAGAAACUGAUGAAGAAAAUUGUGAAACAGAGCCUAUAUAAAAAUAUGGAAACAAUUACUCGUCGUGCCAAUGGUGAAGGGGAUUCAUCUCACCUUAAGUCUUUGGUAAUUAGUUCAAGUUCUAAGAGUUUGCCGUAUUGA